GUACCUCUACUUCCUUGGUGAGGGUGGCAGACGGAGGAGACCCUUUUUACGACCUUCCAAGCCUAAUCACUUGCCAAAAUAAGCCGGCCAGUCUUUAAGCAGCAAUGCCCGCUGUCACUCAUCCUGAGCUGGGCCUGGGCGAGCCGCCCUCAGCUGCUCGGUCUUACCACCACCUCUCCCUCUCGAAUUUCUGCACGGGGCUUAUCCUGCUCACUAUCCUAAUCAUAAUCCGUCUGGUGGCAUGCCGUGUUUUCGUCUCCGCAACGAGCAAGAACGACAAGGUCGUUCAGCGACACAGCCUCGUCGUAGACGAUAUUACCCAUCUGAUCAACCAGCAACGGCUGCAUCCUCUUUUCGUCCAGGAAGGAGGCUGGGUAAUGGAAGAAAAGUCACGUAAAGUCAACAAUAGCACCCAGGACGCCAGGGUUCGACCAGCUGACAAAGCUUAUUCGCAAGUCAACUGCGCGACCCGCGAUGGGGAUUCGAGGGAAACUAAGAGAAGGGGGAGCGACGCGACGUCGCGGACCGGCAUGCUCAAAUUAGAAAAGGUUCCAGGGCUGAGUUCCGAAGAAUUUGUCUUGUCAGGACCUCCGCCUCCGCCGCCCCUGACACCUCCGGAGCUAUCACCCUCCGUCUUCGCCUACGACGAACGCAGGAGGAGCUUCACCAGUGGCGUUUCAGAACUUGACGCGUCCUUCUUCGAACAGCCAAACCCCGACUACAUGUCGUCUACGUCGAUAGGCACCUCGACAGCAACACAGAGGGCGCAUAUCAUGCGAUCCUCUCCGACGGCUCGAAGGAGGUCCUACACCAAGAUGUUUCCCAUUGGAGAGCCAGCUCAUUCAACAGGGCCGGUUCUUGACGAGGUCGUUAUGAGCUUCUCUCCGUCGUCAUUCCCACCUACGUCGCCCCUAAUACCAGGCCCUCCCCCUAUCUACGGCGAGAUCCGCUACGACGAGACCACAAAUCAAGAGAUUUUGGUGCAAGGAGAGAUCAUCUCUAUUCUUGACGAUGCCGGGGCUGGAUGGAAACGUCACACAAGGGUUUACGGAGGCGGCGUUUGCCUUGCCUGCGCAGCAUCUUGUGACGAUGGUCACCAUGGCGGUUUCUACGGCGAGAAUGUUUUGCCAGAGGAGAAGCGGUACUAAGGCUCUGUAGUGGAACAACAACAACCAUUUAAUCAGUACUUGUCUACACCCAUCAUGACAGGUCGAUUUCUCGGGACAUAGAGGGAGAUGAUAGACGAAAGCAGGAUGUCAUCAGCAUCAGGACAGGGCAAAAGGGAUUCGGCUUCCAAUCUCACACGGGAGGGUUUUCGACCUUGUCUCAUUUCAGUAACAUUUUUCUCUUCCUUGUAUAUUCGCCCAUAGGCCUCACGGCAUAGAGGGUUGGGUCUGUUUGAUUUUGUUUAGGCUUUCUUUUGUCCUGUUGAGUUUUGGAGAGAAGGGCCGGAUGCUUGUAAUGGGGGUUAAUGUUUUUCUUGAUCGUGUUAUUUUCCUUUUUUUUCUUCCUCGACAAUUAUCACGCUUGAUGAUGUUUACGAUUUCAUGACGAUGACGACACCGUUUUUGGUUUUACAGUUCAUAAACUUGGAAGGUGCGAACGUCUGUGUACGUAAGUGUGUGUGUCGUGGGCGAUGGUUCUAUCUUGUACGAGUUAAGGAAGAUGAAAGAGCAUCGUGUCUUCUCUCCCUGAAUGACGGCGAGGGGCCGAGACGAAGCGUAUGUGUUACCCAAACACUUUGCUAAAAUUUCGAAAAAGCCUGGGGACAUGUUAAAUCCCUCCGUUGUCUACAUGAUGCGGUCUGCCUUUGCUGUGUUUUGACCGUCUUCGAACUCCUGGGAUCGUCUGCCACCUUGGGAACCCCGCUGAUGCGCAGAGUAUGCCCCGCCCCAGGGCACCACAGCCCCCGACGUCCCUAUUCAGAAUGCGGUGUCUUGUUCGAUGCCCAACAGCGUAGAUGAUCCGCUGCGGGCCGAGGGUUUUGGAUGUCUCCUCGGUACUAGAUGCUCGAAAAUUGGCCGAGGAAGCAAGUCGGGUACAGCCUAUUAAGGAGAGUCGGCUGCGGCCUACGGCAUCUCCUCUGGGUUUGGGAAGAGUUGUUGGCGUAGUUUCGAUUUUUUAUUCGGGGAGUUGUAGCUUGAGUGAGACGACGUGGUUCCACCGACUAUUCUACUGAUGUCGGAGUGUCGUUCCACGCGGAGAGAUAUCUGCUGGUCGAGGAGCCUUCGGGUUCACAGUUUUGAACGGCUGUUCCCCUGAAAGCAGCGGUAAGAGGGCGGUUUCUCGUCAUUGAACCAACUCUUCAAAGCAAGUUUUUUCAGCCUGGGAUGCUCAGAUCAUCAGGGGAAUUGCAACAAGCGGCAGUCUCUCUUCGUGGGCCGCGCGCUCCGGGUACCUGAAGCGAGAGAGCCACACAGAGUCUUUCUUCCUGCUCACGAUGGCUGACGAUGGACCUCCGCCUGCGGUUGCGGUGGCCGCGGAAGUCCAACCAGCCAGGGUUGGGCGACUAGAUGGUCCACCAUCGAGUCCCGCAAGAAGAAAUCUACCAUGCGACCUUGGUUCGCGUCUGGGACGCGCUUGUACCUGGACAACGCUGGCCGGGCCUCCUCUUACACCCCAAACUCUAAUACUCUUGACCGUAUCCCGGCCCUUUCUCCGUCUCACGUCAUUCUCGAGACAUCCCAGGACGCUAGAUGAAUACCACUGGGCCUCAAAGACGGAGCGGAAGGGUGGGUGGGGUCAUCCUCCUUUGGAGCCUGGGUCUCGCUCAGGCUAAUGGAUGUAUAUUCACAUCCUCACAUGCCGUCAGGGCGAGGGUGAGCCGUGGAUCAGAGGAGGGGAUUGUUGACAUCGCCCGUCGUCUUCGGUGUUGACGAUGGCCGAUCAAUCGAUCAGCUGCGCGGUUCUAUGCUGUAGCUCUGGCUGGUGGCUCAUCGCUUCUCCAGUUCCUUUCCGUAGGCCGAAGAUGAAUUGGCCGCUCUUCCCCGCGGGAUGAUUAGCCUUCUUGACAAUCUUCUACAGACAACCGGCUGCUGUACAACAUAUCACGCGCGGGCCCCGCUUGCUCUCAAGUUGACAGAGGUAGUGGAGGUGAUGUGUAGGAUUCUUUUCGAUGAGCAAACCCGCUGUGGGCUGCCUGGAGACGAAUAAGCAAUUGAAGGAAGCAAGAGGGCGACGAGGUGGGCGUGUGAGUGAAUACCGUCCCCGUCAGUCGACGAUCGACGGACCACGUUGGCCAUCUGCCAUUGCGUGACGAUCAUGGAACGUCCCAUGUUCGCGGAAGCCUACGACGCAAGGAUCCCAAAAGGGAUCCAGAGGGCGGAGGUGUUCCCUCACGCGUGGAAGGAUCGUGGUGGAUGCCAUUUCCACGUCAGCUGCCUCGUCGCUGACCCCCCUCCCCCUUCUCCUCCUUCGCCAGCCUCUGUACGAGCAAGUAGCUUCCAGAAACCGACAUCGCCAGUCAACUCCGAGUGCUUCUCUCUCUGAUUGUUACCCUUCUGGCCUGGGAACCCGGCCUCGUUAAAUAUUUCCAAGCGGCGGGCCGACUUUGGUCGAGUAUCAGGCUUGAGCAAACGCUCGACACGUGGGAGAGUCGGUUGAAGAGCGAAAAGGAGACGUGAUGGACUCCUGCUUGGCAGGUAGGGUCGUAGCCGUGAGACAAGAGAGCCGCAGGAUCCGCCGUCAAGAGCUUUCACGGGGGGCUGGCCAUUGGUUUGAUAUACGAACCGUCACCAGGCGCAACAGUUGAUUGGGCGCGCGGUAAUCUUCGAGGCAGAGUUAGCGCCCCGAAGGAACAGGAAGCCGAGUCAUCAUUUCUCGCAGCCCUCUCAGCCCUACGACGUGGCCAGGCUGGGCAUGCAUGAAGUGGCUUCCGUAUAGGUUUGGCGGGAGGGGUCGUUUCAAUGCGGCACGUCUUAGCGAAGGUCCGUUGACGUGUUCGUUCGGCGAAGUGAUUAUUGAAAAGGGCCGACGUAUCGUCUACCUUUUUUGCAACGUGACUUUGCCCGAACUUGCCCGUUCAACAACAUGAGGUUCUUCCGAGUUGCGGUUUUCCCAUAGUCAACGGUAUGGCUUCGCUGUCGAGGACGCACGAAGCGGCAGGGCCGGGUUUGCCUCGAAACGCAUUGGAUUCUCCCGCCUAAUUCCGACGAUUCGGUAAGGCGGUAUUCUUUUUAAUGUCGGCGACACUUUGAUGAAAAAGACCGGCUACCUGAACCAUAUUGGACCACCGGAGUGCGUAAACGUUUCCAUAGACCGGAUAGGGGGUCUCGCAGGCCACAUCAUGCUCGCACACAGCACCCACAGCAACAAAUGCAAAGAAGACAGCAGUCCUGGAACAGCCUAACUCCGGGCUUGACCCCCGGCCUGCCGGUCUUCGGACAAUGUCGUCACCGCAGGCUCGGAGAAGAGGAGCCGUGGUUCUUGAUGCUGUCGAGAAGAGCCGACGUCCGCGCGUGGGAAGUGGUGAAGAAGACGACAUCGUCGGAUAGGGUCCACGGAGAGAUGGCGUCCAUCAACGUCAGCCAUCGAGUAACCCAUGCUCCAGCAGGCCGAUCAUUCGCCGUGUGACUCAGCCUUUCUCUUCUUUGCACGUUUCGUGGCACCAGGUGACUCAGCCAAGCUUGGAACUAAACCGUCUGCGAUUAGCAACGUCGAGUUGAAAGCAGAAUCACGAAGCAUAUAACGUUAGUGCCUGUAUAGCUGGCAUCUAGGUCAAGACUUUGAGAAUCUGUCAUCGAAUUUAGGAACAUCCAUUCGCAUCAGACCGACCAUAGCCUGCGGGCCGUUGUUGCACCAUCGCCGACGACAAGGUUGGUUGCCGUGUAAUGUUCCUACGUGCUGAUACUCACUCUCGUUGCGGGCCGUAACGGACUACAACCACGUCGAGAACAAUCAAAAGGACGAUGCUAUUGAUCUCAAAGCAGAGGAUCCAUUGGCGUCAAGGCAUAUCCUUGCCCAACUAAUGUCGUCAAAUGGAAGCCUAACAGCCGGGAGCCCGGAAUCAACCUCUCUUUGCCAAGGUCACGGCUACAAGUUUCAUGUUUGGAGAGGCACCAUGUUGAGCGAGGGGCUGCGAACGCUCGAAGCCCAACAUGGCCCUCGGGACGGUCGCGCAUAGUGAGCGACGUGCCCCACGUUCCUGUACCUUGCGCGCUUGUUGGAACGUAGAUCUUUGGUAGCUAAGUGCUUAACCCAAUGUCACAGAAGAAGGAACGCGCCGUUUCGCCCAGCGCGUGUCAACCGGAAGACGAUGGCAUAGAUCUGCAGGGUCUUGGCCGAGAUCGACGGAGAGUGGUCAAUAGGACGCCCCGCGUAGUCGCGGCGGCGACGCUACACAGAGAAAAUUGCCAUCAACAUUACGCGCAGUUGGCUGUCGACACAACACCACUCAAGAGAUCGGCAUCGCGAUAGACGGCGGCUAAGGGGGUCUGGUAGCUAGGCUGGGCGAUCGAGAGUGUUGGAGGGUGGGAAAACAACUUGAGUGGUGCCACGUUGGCGAUCGGUAAGCCCUUUUUGACCACUGUCAAUCUUCAUAUCACAAAACUGCGAAAGUGGCUGCGGUAUGGCUGCAGCUUAAGCGCUCGUUGAAGGAGAGGGCUUGCAGAAUGCAGGAUGCAGGUGGGUGAAAUGUCGACAGGCAACGCAACCGUAACUGCAGCCUUAGAACAACGGCCCAUUACCAUUUCGUCCUUUCCAAAUUUCCCCCGCAUGAGUGGGCGUUACCCUGCAAAGCUCGUUUCACGAGGGGACUCCUUGUGGUUCCCAAGCCGAUCGACGGGGAGCCAAAUAGGACGGCUGUUCCGCAAGGCCGCCGAACUCAAGAGGCCAAAAGAAUUCUGGUGUGGUGAAGCGAGGGAGGGGGCACGAAUACAGACUGGAUGCGAAUAGGAAAAUUAGGGGAAAGCUUCCGGUAAUGGCGAUGUCAAUCAUGUGGCUCAACAACCCCCUCGCCUCGCCUCAUACGAGACAAGUAGUGUACUUCGUACACGUGUAGAAGGUUCCAAGGCCAUGCCGAUUCCGAGAUGACAUUGUCACGUCCCAGGCACAAUUCCUCUGUUCCUGCGGAACUGGGAUGGCCGGCGUCACGUCUCGGGCGCUGGCCGCUGUC